GUUAAAUGAAUAAUGUAUUCACGGUAGGCCGUUCAAAGUGUUUACAAAAAAUGUGAUUUUGAGCUGAUGAGUAACGACUGAAACUGUAAAAAGAGAUUCGAUCAGUCAUUGUCAUCUGCCCCAGGGCAGGAAUUCAAGCCGCCUUCACUCACAACAACCAAUAAGUGCGUGUAGGCUAUUUGUGUGUGUCACCGACAGCCAAUCAGCUUGCAUGUGGGCGGUGCAACCGACUAUAAGUGCAGGACCUUCAGUCUCUGGGCGUGGAUCCCAGUGACUUCAGCCUCUACACCCCUCCACCUCCACCUGAAUCCAGACACUCUUCACUGGCGCGCCUCCCGCCAGACCUCGGCCUCACCUACGGGCCCGUCGGAGAACACCCCGACUUUGGAGCUCCCUUCUACAACCACCAGGAUCCUUUCCUCCCUGGGGGGCCUUGGUACUCCGCGGCCGGCAUGCUGGGCCUGGCCCGACCGCCGUACUCCUACUCGGCCCUCAUCGCCAUGGCCAUCCAGAGCUCGCCCUCGCAGCGGCUGACGCUGAGCCAGAUCUACCAGUACGUCUCGGAGCACUUCCCCUUCUACAGCCGCAACAAAGCCGGCUGGCAGAACUCCAUCCGCCACAACCUGUCGCUCAACGACUGCUUCCGGAAGGUUCCGCGGGAGGAGAACAAUCCCGGUAAAGGAAACUUCUGGACUCUGGACCCAAACUGCGACAAGAUGUUUGACAACGGCAACUUCUGCCGCAAGAGGAAGAGGAAAAGCGACACCUUGACCUCCGCCAAGACACGUCGCAACUCCUCGUCCGACUCCUCGUCCGAGCCCAGCCCCAAAUGUCCCGCCGUGCAUUGCAACUUGGAGUUUCCUGGCCUGCCGGAGCAGCACAUCUCCCCUCAGUCUUCCACGAGCAUGCAGGUCCCAGAGGAGUCCUCCCCGAUUCCUCCUGCUCUUCCUCCUCAGCAGUUUGUCUACUCGCCAGGAGCGGUGGUGCCUCAGUGGGACGCCUGUAGCUCUCCUCCUCCUCCUUCAUUUGCUCCCGCCAUGUCGUUCCUCCACCCUCACUUCUCGCCGCCGUCGCUCUACAGUGACCUGGAGACCACGUGCACUCCUCUGUCGGAGUUCCACGGGGAGCAGCCGCUGCAGUUGGACCCCUUCCAGGUUGAACUCUUGGGGGGCCUCAUGGAGGAGCUGCCCCUUGACUCAUUGCUUAUCAAGCAGAGACUCUAACGUCCAUUUGAUGAUUUAGAAUGUACA